UCCCACCCAAAUUCGACAACUAAAGCCCCAAACACCAAACCCUAACUUUUAUUGAGCUGCGAUGCAGGCUAACUGGAAGAGCACAGAGGCAGGCCGAAUGUUCAGAGAGAGGAGUAGCUCGAACUUUUUAUAGAGUGAGAGGGGAAGAGGAAGAAACUCAGAAGAGAGAGGGGUAACGCGAUUGUAGGGAGAACGGGCGCCAUGGUAAAGGAGAAGGGCGAGAAGAGAGCCAUGGCAAAGGAGAAGAGUGAGAAGGCUAAACCAGGAAGCAAGAACAACAACAUUAUCUCAGACUCUCGUUUCUCUGCUCUUCACUCUGAUCCUCGCUUUCAGAGAGUCCCGAAGCACAAUUCAAAGGUCCCCAUCGAUUCUCGCUUUAAUCGCAUUUUCUCAGACCCCAACUUCUCUACGGCUCCAAUUCUCGACAAGAGGGGAAGACCCCUGGCAAAGAAGAAGAAGGGAAAUGAUGGUCUUCACCGUUACUAUCAUAACCUAGAUAAUACGGAGGAAUCACAGGAACCCAAAUUCUCUUAUGAAGAAGAUUUACAAGAAACUUCCAUAUUGAGUGAUUCGGAGAAGGGUUUGCCGGUGGAUUCCAAUGGAGAUGAAGAGGCUCAUGAAUCGAAACUUGGGCUUGGCGAUCCUAAGAGGAAAAAGAGAAAGAAGAAUACGGAGAAGAAGCAGAAGAAAAGGAAGGAGAAUAAAGCAGAAUUUGCAGAGGGCACUGAAGUGGGAGGUGGUGAAAGCACAGAAUGUCGUGGAGAAGAGGCCCAUGAAUCUGAACAAGGGCGUGGUGAUUCAGAGAAGAUAGAGAAGAACAAGAAAAAGGAGAAGAAGAGGGAGGAGGAGGAGGAAAAGAAGAAGAAGAAAAAGGAGAAGAAGAGGGAGAAAGAGGAUGAAAAGACGAAUAUAACGCAUGAUGAAGAAACUGACUUGAAAGAGGAAUCAUACUCGGAGAGUGAGGAGGAUUCAUUGGACAUGGGUUCUAGUGGAUUAGAGAAAUACGAUAGGGAUAGCCUCGACGAAUAUCAGAGUGAUCCAUCUUCAUCUUCUUCUUCCUCAGAUGAGGAGGAUGGCUUUGAAACAGAGGAUGAAUUGUCCAAAAAGGAAGAAGUACCUGCAAUUGAACAUGAGACACACAGAUUGGCUAUUGUUGAUAUGGAUUGGAAUCAUGUCAAGGCUGUUGAUUUGUAUGUGUUGAUGAACUCAUUUCUUCCCAAAGAUGGACGAAUUUUAUCGGUGGCCAUUUAUCCAUCAGAGUUUGGGCUGAAGCGUAUGGAAGAAGAAGCAGUUCAUGGCCCUGGCAUCUUUGAAAGUGAUGGGGAGAAUAGUGGGGAUGAUGAGGAUGCUGAUAUUGAUGAGGACAAGUUGCGAGAAUACGAGAAAAGCAGGCUAAGGUAUUAUUACGCAGUUGUGGAAUGCGACUCAAGUGCCACAGCUGACCGCCUUUACAAGACAUGCGAUGGGGUUGAGUUUGAAAGGACCUCCAAUGUAUUAGACUUGAGGUUCAUUCCUGAUGAUGUGAAGUUUAAUCAUCCUCCACGAGACAUUGCAACAGGGGCACCUGGCACAUAUGAGGCUUUGGAUUUCCAUACACGUGUGUUGCAGCAUAGUAAUAUUAAUCUGUCUUGGGAUGAUGAUGAACCACAUCGUAUCAAAACUUUGAAGCGAAAAUUCGAUCCUGAGCAGCUAGAUGAGAUGGAGUUUAAGGAGUUUUUGGCUUCUGAUGAUGGGGAAAGUGAUGAUGAAGAAGAAGAUGAUGAUGAUGAGAAAAAUGCUGCUGGAACUUCUCAGAAGCCCAAUAAGCAAGAAAAGUACCGGGCCCUUCUACAAUCUGGGGAUAAUGAAGAUGCAGAAGAUGAGGAUGACAAGGAUAUGGAGGUUACUUUCAACACUGGUUUAGAGGACAUAAGCAAGCGAAUUCUUGAGAAAAAGGACAAGAAGUCGCAGACUGUCUGGGAACAAAUUCUACAGAAAAGAAAAGAGAAGAAGAAGGCACGGAAAAAUGCCAAGAAGUCCUCAUCGGAUGACGAAAGUGACGAUUCUUAUCAAGAAACUCAUGACCAGCGUGAUGACUUUUUUAUAGAAGAAGUUUCAGAUGCUAAUGAUGGUGUUGAUGAAGAAAGUGUUGCGAAAGGCCCAUUGAAAAAGAAGGCUAAGAGGGAUAAGGACAGAAACCAACAUUCUGAAAGCAAGGGGCAAGAGGCAACCACAGCUGAACUUGAAUUGUUGCUUGCUGAUGACCAUGGAACUGAAACCAAGGUCAAAGGAUUUAACUUAAAGGCAAAGAAGGGUAAGGGAAAAAGGAAGGCGGCAGUGGUUGGAGAGGACAAGCUUCCUAACGUUAAUUAUUAUGAUGAUCCAAGGUUUUCAGCUCUCUUCACAUCCCAUCUCUUUGCAUUGGACCCAACAGAUCCCCAAUACUCGAGGAGUGUGGGCGAUGCCCGACGUUUAGCUUGGGAAAAGAAGGGCCUGAAAACAGUAGUGGAGGAACCUGAAAAGCCGACAGUUCAAGAUCAGAAGGAAGAUAUGUCCUCAAAGAAAGAUGAGCUUGAGAUUUCUUCAUUAGUUCGGUCUGUCAAGAGAAAGGCUGCAAACGUUAAGAGGUGAAGCAAAUAAAUUAGCAUUGCUGAUUUGCACAACUCCACCCAAUUUCUGUACCAUUUUGAACGUAUUUUCUUGAAGCAGAUAUUUCUUCUUAUUUUGCUGUUUAGUGAAAUGGAUAUAGAUCAAGUGCACUUCACCUUUCAGAGGCAUCAGGUGUGCCCUUGAGAGAUGCAAUUCACAAAAGAGAACCCAGGAAGUGUUCCUAUUUAAACCAGGGUUCUCACUGCUUUUCGGCAGGUCCUUUGAAUACCAAAUUUUGUUAACCAACGGUUUUGAACUUUUGAAUUUAUCUUGCAAAUUUGAAUUGUAAUCUGGAUGGUUCUUCAGAUGAUUUGAGUAGUUUUGUCCUUCGUAGCAUUUGCUAAAGCAACCA